UCGGCGGAAGCCAGGCCAUUUACAAAGCUCGUCCCUCGUUUCGAUAUUUGUAUCAUGCACAAUUGCACAUUGCAGGCUUUGGUUUUUGCUUUAUUUAUUUUUGGCACUGGUCGGUCAUCAUUAGGGGAGGCUUGGUGCGGGAUUGGGCGUUCUCUUCUUUUCGUCGUAAAUUAUGUUGAACCCUGGAAAUACUGCGUUUUGACGUCGGACCGGUGGAUACUUCAUGGGGCGGCUAGGAGCGAGGACCGGGAUCAGGCCGAAAUGGUUCGAGAACGAAAAAACGACUUGAUGGUUGGAUCGGAUCCAAAAAAUGCUUUCCACGGGCGAGAUUUGUUGUUUUGGAAGCGGACGAGUGUGGCAUGACAGCAUGCAGCGACAGGUGAUGCAUUUGCACUGAGGGGGGUUGUUGUUGUUGAGAAAGCGGUGGGGUUGUGCAGCCUCUUUACAUGGCGACUGUAGCAUACGUACUCGGUAGCUUGGUAUUCGGAUCUCACAGGAAUCUC